AGAAAUUAUUUCGUAGGGUCGCGCUAUGUGAGCGGUAAAGUUUGCUUUUGUUUACAUGUGAUAUUCAGAUCAACCACAAUGUCGGAAGAUAAAACCACUGUGGCAAAAGAUUUGAAAGACGAAGAAAAUGCUCCCCUUAACGGUAUCAGUAAAGAAGAAAAACCACUUUCUGAAACCGCUAGUGAAACAAAUAAAGAAACCAUCGACCAAGAAAAACAAGAAAAACCAAAUGGAAGGGCAAAUAUUGGGGAGAAGGGUAGUUGUUACUGUGGCAAGGAAAGAAAUCUCAAUAUUAUAGAAUUAUUGUGUUCAAAUUGUCGCAAAUGGUUUCAUGAGUCCUGCAUUAGUUAUCAACUGGGGAAGCUAGUACCAUUUAUGACCAAUUAUGUCUUUACUUGUAAAAAUUGUUCGCAGACUGGUUUAGAAAGUUUCAAGAAAAAUCAAGCUCAAUUCCCGCAAAUGUGUGUUACUGCUAUUGCCAAUUUAAUGCAAACCAGCAUUAAAGAAAAUACCAAUAAAACAAAGUUUAAUAAAGAGGCAGAUAUCAUUCCUUUUAUAGAAAUGUAUUGGGAAAGUUUAACAACUAAGUCAAGGAGAGUAACGCAGUCAUGGCAUUCUAGUAUUCAAAAAGCUCUUUCAGGAAAUCUUGAAAUGCUAUUUACAAUAGAUGACAACGGUCCUGAGCCAUUGUACGGACUUAAAAAUUCUGAUUUAGUAAAAAUUAAGCCUAAUUAUGAGGCUAUGAUGAAGGGAGGUAUGUUAAAAAUGACAGAGAUAGGAGUGCAACAAGUUGGAAUAUUGUCAAAUAAUCGCGGCCGCAACGCCAAAAGAAAAUUUCCUAAUGAGGGUGUUGGUGGCCCAGGUGGUAAAAAAGGUCGUGGUUCUGACACAGUAGCACCAAAAUUACCUGCCCAUGGUUAUCCCCUUGAACAUCCUUGGAAUAAAGAUGGCUACAGAUACAUAUUAGCUGAGCCUGAUCCUCAUGCACCUUUUAGACAAGAAUUUGAUGAGAGUAGUGAUUUGGCUGGUAAGCCAAUUCCAGGGUGGUUAUAUAGACCUCUUAGUCCAAGUGUAGUUCUUCUUGCUCUGCAUGACAGAGCAUCUCAGUUGAAAGUUUCAGAAGAUAGAUUAUCAGUCACAGGGGACAAAGGUUAUUGUCUCAUCAGGGCUACUCAUUAUGUCACCAGAGGUACAUGGUACUGGGAGGCUACUAUUAAGGACAUGCCUGAUAAUUCAGCAACUAGAAUUGGGUGGGGUCAAGAAUAUUCAAAUUUACAAGCACCAUUGGGAUAUGAUCAGUUUGGUUACUCAUGGAGAUCAAGAAAGGGAACUCGUUUUCAUGAAAGUAGAGGUAAACAUUAUGGAGAAGGGUAUGGAGAAAAUGAUGUGUUAGGUUUUCUUAUUACAUUGCCAGAUAAAUAUCAGCCAAAACAUUUACCUAAAGCAUACAAAGAUAGACCUUUAGUCAAGUUCAAGAGUCAUCUUUAUUAUGAGGAUAAAGAUAACUUACCUGAAGCUGUUAGUAAACUUAAACCUCUUCCUGGGAGUAAAAUUAUCUUUUAUAAGAAUGGUGUAUCACAAGGUGAAGCCUUUGUAGACAUUAAUAUUGGAUCAUAUUAUCCUAGCAUAUCCGUUUAUAAAUCAGCUACAGUCUCCGUUAAUUUUGGCCCAAAUUUCAAAUUCCCACCAAAAGAUAUACCUUUCAAAGGGGUUCAUGAGAAAGCUGUGGAAAAUAUUGCUGAACAAACAAUAUCAGAUUUGCUUUUCCUAACUGAAAAUGAAGGAAAAUUAAGAUUAGAUGCCUUUGCGUCUUGACACUAGUCAACAAAAUAUUUUCGAUUUUGUGUAAAAAUACUUUUGAUUUUACUAUUCUCGAGUAUGUUCAAGAGGUGUAUAAUAAUUGACUAUGAGACUCCAAAUUAUUUUUAUGUA